UGAACGCGUUCAAUAGUAAAUUUAUUCAGAAAACUAAUGUCAUUUUAGUUAUUUUUUAUAUAAAAAUUAAUUUUUUGUUAAUAGUUGCAAUAUAAAUAAAAACAUGGAAUCAACAUCAAUAUCCUCACGCACUGAACUCCUUCCAAGUCCAAGCACUUCAGCACAGACCCCACCUAUAUUGAAACUGCGUUUGCAGAAGAAGAAAACAUCAAAAAAAGUUGAAUGGACUGAUGGUACUGUCGAUAACGAACACUUGAAUAGAAAGAAAUCAAAGUGUUGCUGUAUCUAUAAAAAACCAUUGGUUUUUGGUGAAAGUUCGUCAGAGGAUGAGGAAGAGUGCGAGCACUGUUUUGGACACCCAGAAAAAAAGAUCAAAAAUCGAGCCGAUGAUUCGGCGAAUCAUUCACCAGAUGAACCUUUGUGUUCGAAGUCAGAUAAUGGUGGUUGCACAUCAAAGUAAGAAGUCCAGCUGUAAAACGAAGCAGUGAAGGCUCUUAAAUUCAAUUGCUAAACUAUCUUUCUAAUUAAACUCGGUUCAUCAAUAUAAAUUAAGUUGUUAAUACGAAAUAAACAUUUACUAAAAUUAA